GCGGCUCUUGUAAGCUAGCAGAGUUACUAGCUGCAGGUAGACAGCAAUUGUUUGUGUUUUCAACCGCGAACAAAAGUCUUUUGGGGAAGUGGUUGUUGAAUUAAACGCAGCGACUGGCUUCGACUUUUGCUAUCAAGUCCACAAACCCAGGACCUGAAAAGUGACAAGUCCUGUCUCUGAGCCCCCCGCCCCCCUCACAGCAGAGCUGAGGGUCGGGGUAAGGGCUCGGGGUGAUGUCACACAGCCCUGGUGAAGAGGGGGGUCUCUCUCAGGCUGCCCCUACCGUCAACACUGAGGACUUGUUGAACAGCCCCUCUCAGGCUUUGGCUUGUGGAAACACACCUGAGGAGCAGGUCUCACCCGUGGUGGAUGAGGCCUCUCCUUCUUCCACAUCAUCCUUUGAGAUGCUUGACAUGGACUCCGUGCCACCUCCUUACCAAGUAGUAAAGCCUCACUGGUUCUUCUGUCGACGGGCUGAUGACAACACCUCUUGGCUUCCUUUCAGCAGAGAAGACUCAGAGAAACUAGAGAAUGCCUGUGCCAGGUUAGGAGAGAAGGAGGAUGUGGUGGUAGCUGUGGAUGGAGAGCGGUACGAUGUGCGUGUCAAGGAGAGGCGGCGCUAUGCCGUGUACUGGGAUCAGGCUCCCUCUGAGGUCCGACGCUGCACCUGGUUCUACAAAGGAGACAAAGACACAAAGUUCAUGCCCUACACCGAGGACUUCAGCAACAAUCUGGAGGAUGCCUAUAUGAUAGCAGUGACUCUGGAUGAGUGGAAGAGGAAGCUGGAGUUUCCCUCAGGAGAGACAGUCAUCCUGCACAAUCCCAAGCUAAUUAUGCAGUAUCAGCCGAUAGGUUUGCAGGAUGAAUGGGUCUCUUCCCCCUCCGAGCAGACCCGCCCUCGAACAGUCAAGAGGGGAGUGGAUAACAUCUCUGUAGAAAUACCAGAUGGUGAAUCAGAAAAGGUGGAUCACCUUGUCUUUAUGGUCCAUGGCAUCGGCCCUGCAUGUGACCUGCGCUUCAGAUCAAUCAUACAGUGUGUGAAUGACUUCAGGAGUGCAUCCCUCUCCCUGCUUGGCACUCAUUACAAGCGUGGCCAGGAGGAUGGUAAGGUGGGCAGAGUGGAGUUCCUGCCAGUCAACUGGCACAAUGCUCUGCAUGGAGAUGCCACUGGCGUGGACGAAGACAUCCAGAGGAUCACUCUGCCGAGCAUCAGCAGGCUGAGACAAUUCACCAAUGACACUCUGUUGGACUUGUUCUUCUAUAACAGCCCCACCUACUGCCAAACUAUAGUGGACACAGUGGCGUCAGAGGUGAACAGGUUGCAUGCUCUUUUCAAACAGAGACACCCAGAGUUCACCGGGGCAGUUUCUGUAGUGGGGCACAGCCUGGGUUCGUUGAUCCUGUUUGACCUGUUAACCAAUCAGAAGACUGGUUCAAGAGAAUCCAACAGAGAAAGAGUGACCUGUGAUGACCCCUGUCCACUUAGCUGUGACAGCCUGGAGCAGACUCUGAUCAGACUGGGCCUACAGGAGUAUCUGGCUACACUACAGAGAGAGAACCUAGACCUGGAAUCACUGGCUUUGUGCCAAGAAAGUGAUCUUAAAGAUCUUGGAAUUCCUCUCGGACCUCGGAAGAAGAUCCUGGACUACGUUAGGAGGAAACAAGUACAAGAGGACUGUACAGCAGGCAUGGUGCCUCUGGCCCCAGGGCUACAAGCUCCACCUAAUGAUUCCUCAGGCAUUGAUCACCAUGGUAACCAGUCUUCAGGGUCGACACCACAGCAGGCCCAGCUGCACAGAGUGCAGUCCGUCACCAGUGCUGUAGACUAUGAGUACUUUGACGUGGGCAUCGGACAGACCAAUGGAGGCAUAGCCAAAGGCCAGGUAUCCAUUAACUACCCACAACUGGCCUUCCAGCCUCAGACCUUUUUUGCUUUUGGCUCUCCCAUUGGAAUGUUCCUGACUGUCCGUGGGCUGAAACAUAUUGAUCCCAACUACACCUUCCCCACCUGCAAGAGCUUCUACAACAUCUACCACCCUUAUGACCCUGUGGCUUAUCGGAUAGAACCCAUGAUUGUUUCAGAGGUAGAUCUGGAGCCCAUGCUGAUUCCUCACCAUAAGGGUCGCAAGAGGAUGCAUCUGGAACUGAAGGACAGUUUGGCUCGAAUGAGCAUGGACCUGAAGAAUAAUGUCUUGGGAUCAUUGCGAACAGCGUGGCAGUCCUUUGCCAGACUACCUGUGGCUGCACUGCCUCCAGUGGAGGAUGGAGAGACUACAACAGAGACAAACUUUCAAGACACACAGGCCUCAGCGGCAGUCACUGCUUCUGCCAAGACGGAAGAGAAAAGUGAUGAUUUUUGGACUAAAAUAAUGGAGUGGCCCAGGGCCCUUCAUAUGCAUUACUUCCAAGGUAAGCCAGGACCCUCUUGGCUAGAAAGGUCUGAGUGAAUGAACUCAUUCUAGCUUAUGAUUGUUUAAUGGUCUGGUUUACCACCACCCAGUCCUGUUUAUACAGAGAACUUUCUGUUAAGCUGCCUGAUAUGAUGAAAGUGAGCCUGUAGUAACCUGUCUCUUAUUCACCCUCUUAUUGGAUUUCUGCAGUAAACCUCUGUGUCCAUUACCCACGCAUUUUCCUGAGCACAGAAAGUGGUAAAAUUAACUCCCACCAUCACUUUUCAUUGCAGACAAGUGCCACUUGAUCUGCAGUGUUGAUAAACACUAUUGUACUCAGUUAGAGUGGCUUAUUUCAGCACCUUCACUCUCACAAAAACAAAUCUCACUAUUGCCAUUACUGCAGCAUGCUCUUGCUGUCCCGCACAAUGCCUGUUCUGCGCAGCUUGUCUGCUCCUCCCUGUCCCCAAACCUAAUUACACUACUCUGCUCUUACAUACAUCACUUACACAUGUUCAUCCAUCCUUCAAAUGAAAUUUGCCUGUAAUGAUAAUUUCUCCUGGCCCUUCCAUCUCUCUGUGUCUGACAGUUCUGAUUGGCUGGAUGCAUUGCUUGUUUCACCAAGCACCAAAUAUUGAAGAAACUAGUCCCUCAUAAUCCAUGUACUUUGUAAGAGCUGACCAAAUAAGACAACUUGGACAACAUCAAUCGCAGUUGCAUGUUUUUCAGACAGAAUAUGUGGCUGAAUAUCAGCUUUUAGGGAACAUCAUUCAGCAGCAGGUCACAUAGCUACAUGUUCUGCACAUUUCUACAACAUCCAUGGAGCUACAACUAUCAAUUAUAUAUAGGUAUAUAUUUAUAUAUAUAAAUAUAUAUUAUUUAUAUAUAUAAAUAGGUCAAGGGCACCGCACUUGUUUUUUGAAUGCACAGUGAGAGAACAUCCACUGUGCAGUGAAAUUUCUUAAUAGCUUUUUUCAACCUUUUGGAACCUCUUUGUCUCACCUUUGAAUCUUUUUAUUUGUUGCUCCUCUUUUUACAGAGGGCCAUGUCUUUUCAUUUACAGCUUUUCUUCCCUUGUUUACAACAUCAAAUAUUUUGAAAAUUCCAAGGUAGGGAGAAGCACAGCAAUGUUUUAUUAUACCUGUCAUUUCUCAGGAAUUGGUGGCUAUAAAGAAACAUUAAAAUGCAAAUGGAGGCCUGCCUGUAAUUUUCAAAUAACAGCCAAAUUAGCAAUGCAUCUGGGAUAAGUGACAUUAUUGUGUAACUUGAUUUCUUUUAGUUCUCAUAUAAAGUACACAUCUUAAUGUUGUAUGGAAAUACAAGACAGUAAAUUCAGGAUACGAUUGUCUUAAAUAGUCAUUCAGAAGAAAAUAGCAGCAAUCAGUUUCUAGAUCUACAACCCUUUAGAUGUGCUGUAGCUGUGAUAAGGCAAGAAUUUUUAUUAGGUCCUUGUUGAUGCAAGGACAUAAUAAAUGUCUGAAUUGCUUGUGGCAGUAACCUUCUAGGCUUUCAAGUAUGGUGAUUCUUAAGACAACAUUGUAUGAUAAAUGGCUUUGUAAAACAACAAGUCAAUGGCACUAAAUAAUCAUCUAAAACUAUCACUGAACACAAUACUAGCCCACUUUGACAAUUAUUUUAACAUCUUAGGUAACAGUUGCCGUGCUGAUAUGUGCAACAACUCAAAGCCAACAGCUGUACAAGUUGACUGUAUUACCAGUUGAUAAAAUAGACGUCUGCGCAUGAAAAAUGGGGUGUCUGGUUUUUAUUGGUAAAAAAGUUGCCUUUUAGUGUGAUCGAUCGAACUAAAACAUAUUUUUAGGUGUUAGGUGUUAACUGACAUCUCAAUGUUGUUUGAUAUAGAAAACAAAAUUAGGUGUUCCAUCCACAUGUAACUGCAUAUGUUGAACUGCCAGCAGUUUCAGCACUAAACCUUCUGAGGUUCAAAUUCAAAGCCAAGUAAACACUGGAUGUUUUUCAGUAUUGUACUUGUGUGAAAUCAGAUUGAUAUUACAGCUGCUCCUCCUGGCCUCUCCUGCCCCAUAAUGCAUUACAGUUUUCAAACUAGUGGGACAGGACGGACAGAACUGAAACUGGAUAUACCUACUGGCCUGCAUCAAACAGAAGAUAACCUUAGCGAAAUACAACUUCCAAGCAAAACCUUACACAGAGAGCACAGAGCUUUAAAUCCAAGAGCUGAUGUAACACUUAUGUUAUUCUGUUUAAAAA